AUGAGCAAGGUUGAUUCUGAAACCAAACAACGAUGGGAUGAAUACAUCGAUUACUCUAAAUUACCCUCUUGGACUGAAUGUUGCUCCAUGUUGGACAAGCGUUGUCAGCAAUUGGACGCACAGUGCCGACGGUCUUCAAAACAGCAUAACCCUACCAUAACAACAAAUUACUUACAUAGUAAUAAUCAAAAACAACAUUCAUUCGUAACAAAAAAUGUGGCUCAAGAUUUUGUGUGCAGUCAUUGCUCCAAAUCGGGUCAUAUGAUAUCAACUUGUCAGCGGUUCAUCGUUCUUACUCCUAAUCAACGAAUUGAACAAGCUAAGCAACAAAAACUUUGCCUCAACUGUUUAUCAAAAGGGCAUGGUUACAUACACUGCCCCUCAAAAUAUUCAUGUAGAUUUUGUAAGCAACGUCAUCACUCGCUUCUUCAUAAGCAAUCAGAACCAACCUGUCUCCGGGAAGAAGAAGAACCGUCAUCAUCAUCUGCUGCCACCCAUAGCACCUUUCAAAUCAAACCCAGUCCCCAAGUGAGUACUGUUAUUCUUGCUACUGCAUUAGUAUUGGUUCGUGACUCAGAGAGAAAAUAUCAACUGGGCCGUGCUCUGCUUGACUCUUGCUCUCAAGUUAACUUCAUAAGUGAGACAUUAUGCAAAUCUCUUAAUCUCAAGAAAUGCACAAAUUCAACAGAUGUCUCUGGAGUGGGCUCUUCUAAGUUGAGAGUUACUCAUAAAACACAAACGACAAUAAGAUCUCGUCUUAAUAACUUCAAUAUGUCAUUAGAGUUCCUGGUUUCUCGCAAUAUAACUGGUUAUCAUCCUGAUGAGAAUCUUUCCGCUAAUAAUUUCAAUUUGCCCUCCAACAUAGAGCUAGCCGAUCCAGAAUUUCAUCGUCGACGAGGAAUCGAUAUUUUACUCGGAGCAGAAUCAUUCUUUUCGCUCUUAUCCGUUGGUCAAAUUAAACUUGGAGAAAAUUUGCCCACUUUACAAAAAACUCUCUUGGGAUGGAUUGUCUCUGGAAAGUAUACAAGUCAAACGGCAAUAUCAUCACAAAGAUCUACUUACUCCAUUGUACAACACAAAGAUAUUUUCCAAGAGAUAAAUAAAAAUAUUGAAAUGCUAUGGAAAAUUGACGUCGUUGAAAGCAAAUGCCAAAAUAUGUCCCGGGAACAAAAAGUAUGUGAAGACCAUUUUGUGAAAAAUGUAUCAGUUCAAUCGGAUGGACGCUUAAUGGUGAGAUUACCCUUUAAAGGUGACCCAAAUAUGCUUGGCGAUUCACGAGACAUUGCCUUGCGUCGUUUCUUUUCCAUAGAGAGAAAAUUGAACAAAAACCCUGAAUUAAAAGAGGAUUACUCACAAUUUCUUAAAGAAUAUGAGGAAUUGGGCCAUAUGUCUCAGGUGGACGACACUAAUAUUUCAGUUCCCAACUAUUACAUACCACAUCACUGUGUUCUUCGCCCCAGCAGUGUGUCGACCAAGUUGCGUGUUGUUUUCGACGCAUCAUGUCGAACCUCUUCACAAACAUCCCUGAAUGAAAUUAUGAUGGUGGGUCCAACAAUCCAGAACAAUUUAUUAAUUACUCUGCUUCGUUUCAGGUGUCAUCGUUACGGAAUGACAGCUGAUAUCGUCAAAAUGUAUCGUCAGGUUUUGGUUCACCCUGAGGAUAGACAACUUCAGCUUAUACUGUGGAGAGAUGACUCCACCAAACCGAUAAAAACAUUUGCCCUCAACACCGUUACAUACGGGACAGCUUCGGCACCAUAUCUCGCAAUUCGAAGCCUACAUUAUGCCGCAGAACGUUUUCCCAACCCAUACGAAGUAGGAAAAGGCAUAAUCAUGAAUGAUUUUUAUGUCGACGAUAUGGUUACUGGAGCGGAUGACCUUGUAUCUUUAAAACGCAUUAAGAACGAAGUCACCGAAAUUUUAUCUUACUCGAAAUUUUCACUCUCGAAAUGGCAUAGCAAUUACCCAGGUUAUGUCUCAAGUGAAGAUGAAGUAAAAGAAAUGAAGCUAAAUGAUGACGUCACAAGUACUUUGGAUCCCAACGACUUAGAAGCGCUUACUCCAGGGCAUUUACUCAUUGGUUGCCCGUUGCAGUGUAUUCCAGAGAAGAUAAAAUAUGACUCUGACAUUUCUCAUCUACAACAGUGGCAACGAAUCUCAGCCAUAAAGUCUCAUUUCUGGAGCAGGUGGCACACAGAAUACUUGGCUCAGUUACAAAAUCGUUAUCGCUGGAAAAACCCACAACAAAAUCUUCAAGUCAACGAUAUGGUGCUCAUACACGAAGACAAUGUUCCCCCCAUGAAAUGGGCCAUCGGUCGUGUUACCAAACUUAUUCCAGGAGCAGACGGUUUUGUUCGAGUGGCAGAAGUCAAGACAUCACAAACUACAUUAAAGCGUCCCGUGGCAAAGUUAGCCGUACUUCCUAAAGAAUAA